AUGAGAGACCUAGUAGCCUACCUCCAGGCCGAAGUCCACACUGGUAGCCACAUGCCACUGCGACUGUUCGUGGACCACUGCGUGGCCACGCUGACACCGGACUGGAGUGUCUCCCCUCGUCACACCAUCGUGGACUUCCACGGCUGUCUUGUGGAAGGUCUCUCUGAUGCCUCUUCAUCCUUCAAAGAGCCCAGACCCAGGCCAGAGACCCUGCAGUUUACAGUGGACAUGUUCCACUUUGCUAAUGACUCCAGAAACAUGAUCUAUAUCACAUGCCAUCUGAAGGUCACUCUGGCAGACCGAGUCCCGGACCAGCUAAACAAAGCCUGUUCCUUUAUCAAGUCCAGCAGGAGGUGGUCCCCCAUAGAAGGCACUGCUAACAUCUGCUGCUGUUGUAACAAAGGCAGCUGUGGCCUUCCAGGCCAUUCCAGAAGGCUGUCCCGUCUAGAGAGAAGGGGGCACAAGUCUGCUUCCCAAACCCGAAAUCGCAGGCAUGUGACUGAAGAAGCGGAGAUCACCAUGAGGCCUCUGAUCUUCCUGGGAAAGGCUGGUGAUCCUGGGGCGGAGGGGUCCACGUCCCCUCACGCCUCUGUGAUGCUGGGCUUGGGCCUGGCCACGGUGCUUUCCCUGACUCUGGCUACCCUUGUCCUGGUCCUUUCCCGGAGGCACUGCGCUGCUUCCCGCUCUGUGAUCUGCCCUGCGUCUGUUCCCCAAUAA